AUGGCGCAUUUUCCGGACCUUCCCCAGUUUUCCGGCUUCAUGAAACCCUGCCGUUUUGAAGGUGAGGUCCAGCAUCUAGAGGUUUACGGUGACCUUCCGAAAGACAUCAAUGGGACUUUUUAUCGCGUUAUGCCUGAUCCUCAUUUGCCUCCGCGGGUUGAGAAUGAUCCUUGGUUCAACGGAGAUGGUAACGUCAGCGCUUUCCGCAUAACGCAUGGCACCGUGAGUUUCCAGCAAAGAUAUGUCCGUACGGAAAAAUUUGUUCGCGAACGAGAAGCGAAGCAAGCACUGGCUGGAAAAUACCGCAAUAAAUACACGGAUGCCGUCGAGUUUGCUGUCCGCAGUACUGCCAAUACCAAUAUCGUCCAUUUCAAUGGACAGCUUUUGGCUCUCAAAGAAGACUCGCCUCCUUAUGCAAUGGAUCCGGAAACCCUAGAAACCAAAGGACUCUACGAUUUCGACGGCCAGCUGCCAAGUUUAACCUUCACGGCACACCCUAAAUUGGAUCCCGUGACAAAAGAAAUGAUUUGUUUCGGGUACGAGGCCAAAGGUGAAGGUACACUAGAUAUAUGCUACUACACUGUUGAGCCUGAUGGUCGCUUCAGACAGACCGUAUGGCUUGUUAGCCCUGUCUGUGGACUGAUUCAUGACUUUGCAGUGACAGAGAACUAUGUGCUCUUCCCUGUCAUUCCUCAAUUGUGCGAUAUUGAGAGGCUCAAAGCUCAGGGAGAGCACUGGCAAUGGAGCCCAGAGACUCCUUUCUACCUUGGAGUGCUGCCCCGUAAUGGAGCAAAAUCUUCAGAUAUCAAGUGGUUCACUUACAAGACCUCAUUCCCGGGACACACUGCCAACGCCUAUGAAAAUGAAAGGGGUUACAUUGUCUUUGACCUCGGGCUCAGUGACAAAAACGUUUUUUACUGGUGGCCAGAUGCCCAAGGCAAUUCGCCAGACCCCCAUACAAUCGUCACUCAACUAACUCGUUUUACAUUCGACCCGAAAACGAAGGAUCUUAAUCUCCCUCAGCCCGAAAUCUUGCACCCAGGGAACUCAGAGUUCUACCGAAUCGAUGACCGGAUGAUGUCAAAGGAGUAUUCACACUCAUACUUUGAUCUCAUGGACCCAAGCUUAGGUACUGAUUUUGCUCGCAUAGCACCAGUCAUGGGAGGAGGCUAUCCCCCAUACAAUUCUUUGGCACACUUUAAUCGUAAAACGGGCAAAACAGAUGUGUACUUUCCUGGAACCACGUACCUAGUCCAAGAACCCGUGUUUAUUCCACGAGCUGGUUCGUCUCAGGAAGGUGACGGAUACGUGAUGGCUCUUGUGAAUAACUACAGUACUAUGUUGAGUGAGCUGCAUGUUUUGGAUGCCAACGAUUUCAGCAAGGCAAAAGCUAUCAUUUUACUUCCGUUGAGAUUACGUCCUGGACUGCAUGGGAAUUGGGUGGAAAACGAGCAAUGA